UUAAAGCCAGCAGCCUUGCUCUGCAACUACGAUGUCGGUGGCGGCUCAUCAAAGAGCCACUGCAAACAUGGUAUCUAAGAUGCGUAAUCGAGAAGGGACACGGCGACGGUAUGGUAGAAGAAGGAGACAGGGAGAGGAGGUCUAAAUGAGAAGAUAUUUCGGAGCAACGCGAAGCCUUCAACCAAUUUCCAACCCCGAGUUAUUAGUUCUAGAUAUGUGCCAAUACAAGUCGGACGCGCAAUACUCGCUCGCGGACAUCUCAAUCAUUCAUGUACACGUCCUGGAGUACGGAGGCGUCGAAAUUGCCUCACAGUUGGGGGAAGAAGAGGAAGACGAAGGAGACGGAGCAGGGAGAGCGGUAUCCACAGCGUCGUUCAUUACCAAUUUGUUCCAUCCUGUUGUCGAAAUUGUUCGUUACGCGCUUCCAAAGCGACAAGUAUGUCCUCCACGUCGCGCUGUGAAAGAGGAAUUCCUCUCUCGAGUGGUCGAUGUUUGUACUUCGUUUUCGGUUUCCAUUCGCGCGCGUGAUCGUUAACAUUUUUAAGUAAGUGUCAGAUAGGACUUUAAGUAGCGACUAAAUCACGUGGUAUGGCGAAAAUGAUGUUUGUUAUUUGACAACACUAAAAAUAUUUUAGUUGACUUUAAAGUAGUGUUA